GGGCGGCGCUGGGGCGGCUGGAGCUGGAUGGGUGCGAGGGGGUGGGGAACGCAGCCCUGUCCCCCCUGUUCUGCCGCCCCUCCCUCGCCUCCAGCCUCACGCACCUGUCGCUGGCCUACACCGGGCUGGCGGGCGGGGGCGGGGGCGGGGGAGGUGGGGCGCUGGCGGGUCUCUCCGCCCUCACCGCCCUCACGCACCUCAGCCUGGACAGCUGCGAUGUGGGGGACGGGGUGUGCAGGGUCCUCCGCCGGCUGCCCCGCCUGGCCUCCCUGGACCUGUCGGAGACGGGGGUGGGGGACGCGGGGCUGCGGGCGCUGGCGACACCCCCCGCACCCCCGCAGCAGCCGCCCCCACACCGCCACCACCCGCAGCAGCAGCAGCAGCAGCAGCAGGUGGCGCCCACACCGCCCGCAACACCCCCCCAGCUGGUGCCGCAGCGGCAGGGGCAGGGGCAGGGGCAGG